GGGAGGGGCGGAACGGGAAAGAACUUCCGGCGGGGCCCGGCAGGCGCUGAGGAGGAAGAGCGAGCCCGGACGGCGCCUCUCGGCCGAGUCGCGGCGCGGGCCAGGAUGACGACUUCAGGCGCUCUGUUUCCAAGCCUGGUGCCAGGCUCCCGAGGCUCCUCCAACAAGUAUCUGGUGGAGUUUCGUGCAGGAAAGAUGUCGCUAAAAGGAACUACUGUCACCCCAGAUAAACGGAAAGGGCUCGUGUACAUUCAGCAGACGGAUGACUCCCUCAUUCACUUCUGCUGGAAGGACAGGACAUCGGGGAACGUGGAGGACGAUUUGAUCAUCUUUCCUGACGACUGUGAGUUCAAGCGCGUGCCGCAGUGCCCCAGCGGGAGGGUCUACGUGCUCAAGUUUAAGGCAGGGUCCAAACGGCUCUUCUUCUGGAUGCAGGAGCCCAAGACGGACCAGGACGAGGAGCACUGCCGCAAGGUCAACGAGUAUCUGAACAACCCCCCGAUGCCUGGAGCGCUGGGGGCGAGUGGGAGUGGAGGCCACGAGCUCUCUGCACUGGGCGGCGAGGGCGGCUUGCAGAGUCUGCUGGGGAACAUGAGCCACAGCCAGCUCAUGCAGCUCAUUGGACCCGCCGGCCUUGGAGGACUGGGGGGACUGGGGGCCCUGACCGGGCCGGGCCUGGCCAGCUUACUGGGGAGUGGAGGGCCUCCGGCGAGCAGCUCUUCGUCCAGCUCGCGGAGCCAGUCGGCAGCAGUCACCCCGUCCUCCACCACCUCUUCUACCCGAGCCACCCCCGCCCCUUCCGCUCCAGCAGCUGCCUCGGUGACCAGCCCCAGCCCCGCACCCAGUUCAGGUAACGGAACCAGCACGGCAGCCAGCCCAACCCAGCCCAUCCAGCUGAGCGACCUUCAGAGCAUUCUAGCUACUAUGAACGUGCCGGCAGGGCCAGGAGGCGGCCAGCAAGUUGACCUGGCCAGUGUUUUGACGCCCGAGAUCAUGGCCCCUAUCCUCGCCAACGCGGACGUCCAGGAGCGCCUCUUGCCCUACCUGCCCUCUGGGGAGUCACUGCCACAGACGGCAGAGGAGAUCCAGAACACGCUGACCUCGCCCCAGUUCCAGCAGGCCCUGGGCAUGUUCAGUGCAGCCCUGGCCUCUGGGCAGCUGGGCCCCCUCAUGUGCCAGUUUGGCCUGCCUGCAGAGGCCGUGGAGGCGGCCAACAAAGGCGAUGUGGAAGCAUUUGCCAAAGCCAUGCAGAACAGUGCCAGAUCUGAGCAGGAGGGCGACGGGAAGGACAAGAAGGAUGAAGAGGAGGACAUGAGCUUAGAUUAAUCAUCUGCUGUCCCGAAGGGGUCGGGAUUCGCGGCCGGCGGCCUCUGCGAUGGCGCCUGUGGCGCGGAGCGCGCCCUCACCUCCGUGCCGCUUGCUGAGAAAUAAAGGUCUUGUCUUUUACCUGCCACCUCUGGUCUUCCCGUGUGCCCAGGAGGGAGCCGGGCCGAGCGCUGCCCCUCCAGCCCUGGCAGUUCUGACUCGGGGGUGGGGGGACAGCCGCUCCAGGCGAGGGGAGCCCCCGGGCCGGCGCUGCCCCCGUGAGCACGUCCGGAGGCUAGAUCGCCUCUGACUGCUUUUCUCCUUUCACAAUUAAAGUCAACGCUCUGUUAAA